AUGGCGUUGCAGGUGAUCCUCUUCAUGACACACCGAGGCAGGACUCAGCAGCUGGUCCUGCGGCUCCUGCAGGCACGGAGGCUCUUCCCGGAGGACCGCACUGGGUCUCGAACUCGGCACCAGCGAAUAGCAGAGCGUCUCGGCCUUGGGUAUCAGGUGUCGGUGAUGGUGCCGGCGCUGCUGUGGGUGCUGACGCCGGCGCUCGUGGACGCCAUGUCUGCCCCGGCAGCCAACGGCACGGCAGCCACCAGGGGAACCCCCCUACCUGUGUGGGCACCCUUCGACCUGCAGCGCUCCCCCAACUACGAGCUGGUCUACGCGGUGCAGGCCGUCACCAAUGUGGUCAUGAACCUGACGGGCCUCUUCCUCGACGUCUUCUUCGUCACGCUCAUGCUGCACCUCACUGCCGAGCUGGACGUCCUCAACCUCAACGUGGCCUCCCUGCGCCCGUCUCCCGUAGCCCCUGCCGACAGUUUAGAAAGCCGGGACGGUGACUCUCUCGCCAAACAGGCCUCCACUGACGCCCCCUACACUGCACGGGGAGACUCGUUCCGUGUCCGCACAAGCACGUCCAGAUUUCACAUGUACCGACUCCUCGUGAAGAAUAUCCAGCAUCAUCAGAUGAUAAUCAUGUAA